AUGGCAGAGAGUCAUAUCUUUGCUAAUGCGAACAACGUCUCCAUCCAAGAUUCGCACUUUCACGCUGUUCAGAACAACUAUCAGGCCGAGUAUCAGGUUGAGCGCCGUACCCUCCUGAAAGAACUGGACCUUCUCUGCGAAAAGAGCGCAUUCAAUGCUCUUGUAGACUCAAAUGCUCGAUAUGACGCACCGAAGUGCGACGAGGGAACUCGCGAGGCCAUCAUCCAGAGGAUCAUGGAUUGGAUUGAGAGCGAUGAAGCCCAAGCGUCCGCACUCUGGCUCCACGGCCCAGCCGGCUCGGGGAAGUCUGCAUUGGCGAAGACGAUCGCAGAGCUCUGCAUGGAGAAGAAGAGCCUCAUCGCCACCUUUUUCUUUACGAGGACGCGAAUCGAUCGUGUAACAGAUGGAAACCUCCUGAUACCAACAUUGGCCUAUCAGCUAGCAAGAAAAAUGGCCCUUCCCCGACGAUACAUCAAGAAAGUACUUCUGCGCGACCCCGCAAUUUUCUACAGAACGAGGAAGGCGCAGAUGGAGGAGUUGAUCAUCAAACCUCUGAACACCUAUUUUUCACGCCUAGAACAUAACUACAAGCGUUUAUUCCAGGGAGCAUCACUCCGCCUCAUCGUCAUUGACGGUCUGGACGAGUGCUUUGGCAAGGAUAUUCAGCGUGACCUGCUCAGUGUGCUCGGGAAGACGAUAGAGAGACUACGCUUACCAAUCCGUUUUCUCAUUGCAAGUCGACCAGAAACUCAGAUUCGAAUGUUGAUCAUCGAUGACGGAGUCUUCAAGGCUGACCGCCUAAUCACCCUCGACCUCGGUAACGACCCGAACACUGCUCAUGAUAUUCGCACGUACCUCGAGAUCCAUUUCACAAAAGUCCGAUAUCAACACCCAAUCCGCACCGAAAUCCCAGCAUCCUGGCCGUCGACCGAAGACAUCACAACCUUAGUGGAAAGGGCAUCCGGCCAGUUCAUCUACGCCUCAACUGUCUAUGGAUACGUUAGCUCUUCAAAACACAAUCCCGUCAAACGUCUCGCAAUCAUCAUCGAACGCUUGCCACCGCCCCGAUUGGAUUCACCUUAUGGCCAGUUGGAUCUUCUGUACCAAUUAAUCUUCUCUUCUGCAGAAGAGUCAGGGGUGGAUGUUGAGAAGGUUUUGCAGGCCUUAGGCAUCUUGAUCAUUGAGCGGCCUAAGGGUGCCCUUGAUUAUCUGUAUAGGACAUACGCUGGUGUUGCCUCGGUCUUGGGUGUCACCCCAGGCGAGGUUGCUCUCCUUCUCGAUGAAUUUGUAUCUUUGAUAGCGCUUCCAUCUCUCGAGACUCCGCGUCCAAUCCAGAUUCUGCAUGCUUCCCUCGCGGACUUCCUACUUGAUGGUUCCCGGUGUGGCCGGUUCUACGUUGACAAUCGUCGGAUUCACAGUAUUCUAGCCUUGAGCUAUUGCGAGCGAAUAGGUGAUCUCGUUUCGACAAUGACUCGGGCUACCCAUUGCGACGACCUGGAGCAUCAUUUCUUACCUUUCAUCACUCACUGCCAGAAUAGUUAUCUUCCAGCAGGCGAUUUCUCCAACGCCAUGUCGCUCAUCGCAGAAGCCCUAUUUUUCUCGUGUCAUUGUGCUGAGCCAUGUGACGAAGUCAUACAUGGAAGCUUAGCAAACGACCCCACGACGUCUUCCCUAGCUGCUGAAUGGAAUGAACAAAUUAGAAAGAAACGUCUUGCCUUCAUAACAAUCACCCCAUACUUGGACCUCCGCAAACUUCCCGUCUGGUCCCACCUUUCAGAGCAGUUCACACGAACCAGGUGGAUUGUUGAGGGCCCCGAAAUGUCCCACGUUGAAGCACUCCAGUCCUACGACGUUUCACAGGUGUUUGGGGAAGACGAGUUGAUAGUGAUUGAUAUUCCCUCCUUGUUACCUGGGCGAUGUUUGGCUGUCCUUGAGUGGUUGAAAAGGCUGAGAGAUAGACGGGUCAGUUUUUGCGGUAUCCUUUUUUGUCAGGACGUCAUGCACGACAUGGGCUGGGCCAAGAGUCAGGAGUGCCAUGGAUUCCUCAACUACUUUCAGGGGCUAUGCCCUGUUGGCCUCUUCUUGACGGCUCAGCCAAAGAAAGGAGAGUUGCCAAUUCGUUCGAUCAAGGUCAAGUCUGAUGGCUUCCGUCCCCUUCUCGUGGGCUGGCAACAAGCAACACAGUCCCGGGGACGCCUGCUAUGGUGCAAGUAUUGGCAAGAAACUGAGGCAAGCUUGCAUCAAAUCCUACUCGAUACGAUACUUUCCGAAGGAAAAGUGAGUGAGAACGACAUUGAAGACUUGCAGUCGGCCUGGAUGCAACUAGUGCCGUACGACGAUCAGCCCUUUCACUUCCUGGACGUACGAACAUUGCCACGGCGUUAG